AACAGAUGAAAGAUAAAAUACUUUUUAAAAAUAAGUUACUAUUGAUAAAGCGAAUUUAAAUUUAAAAGGUAUCUGUUCCCCUAGAGACUAUGCCGUUUUAUACUUUUUAACCACUAAACGAUAAUAAAGCUCAUUUGACUCUAAUUUACUCUAAUCUAAUAGGCGCUUGUUACAUUUAACAGCAAAAGAGAAAAUGGAUGUAACUACUUCUACAGAAUAAUCUUAUUUUCAGAUCCAAACUGUGAUAGGCUUCAGUCAACGAAAAUCAGAUCUAAUUCAAACCUACUCAACGUCAAACCGAAGCGAAAAUGUAGGGACCUCAAAUAACAACUCUCAACAUAGCCAUGAGAUUCGUUCAGAUGAUCCAGCACAUUCUGGUUCAGUGAAGGUUCGCAGCCAUAAUGAUGGAGGUCAGUUUGACAGCAAAGUGGUAAGCACGCUAAAAAAGUGGACUUGGACAUUUAGUAACUUCUUGGAGUCUUGUUUCACACAUUUUUUCGUAAAAGAAAGACAUUUUCAUUGUCUAAGAUGGUUUUCAGUCUAACACGUGAAGCUUUUAUUACAAGAUACUCCUUCUCUCAAACAGGAUACAUCUCUAUAUACAGUGAUUUUUAAAAAUGUAUCCCCUCACACUUAUUUUUGAACGGGUCAAGCAGUGAUGGGCGUUUACGCGUAUACAUUGGUUAUCUACGUUUCGUUGUAGCCAUUGCGUAUACAAUGUGCAUUAGCACUAAACAGCUCAGUCUGCGGUUGGUCAUGGCUACAGAGAAAAAAUGCAAGCUGUUUAUUUCGAUCAUGUCUAUUCAUGCAUGUAUGCAUAGCAAGUCAUUGCUGCUCUGCUGCUCUAUGAAUACUUGGUAUUCCGGCUGCUAGAUUGUUUUGGUGAUGCGAUACGCAGAACGUCGAGCAGAUAUGAGCCGGAAGCGUAGGGAUCUUCCGUAAUCUUUCAUCGUAUGCGAUGGUGAUGAAGAUCAACUUGUUAAGCCAUUGGCUAGUGGAGAUCGUCAGAUGUUUUGCCUACCCCCGCCACUAGUCUUCAUAUUAUAAAUAUCGAAUAUAUCAUAUGGUUGUUCUCCUCAAGCCGUACAAGCAGUAUGUAUGACAUUUAAAAUCAUCAUUUUGCAUUGUAUUGUAUAUUUAUCUUAGAAGUUAUAAAUUUGUAAUUUCAGAAACAAAAUGAUUUUCUAUAUUCAGAUGAGCACAUUCCUGUACAUAGCAGGCAAAAAUAUAUUCACAGAAGUGAGAGAGAUAGGGAUACGUCAAAUUCCAGCUCUAGUGAAGAAGGCUUUGGAAAAAAUGAAGCAAUAGAUUUUUCCCGCAUGAUGAGAUUUCCAUCAUCAGAAGAACACCCUACCAAAUUCAUAAAGAAAAAGGAAAGACAACCUUGCCUGCACGGAAUAUGUGAAGAUGUUGACGACUAUCCUUCUGCAAAAAUCGUGGAGGUUGUUAGUAGGUCGAAAGAGCUGGUAAAUUUCUUCAAAAGUCAACCCAAACCGUUUGAAUUUGGCACUCGGUUUGGAGAAGACAGCGAUGAUGAUACCCCAUGUCCAACUAUGAAAACGAAGAAGUUCCCAAAACGGGCGCUCUCGACCAGGAAUGUAGAGCAGCUGAUUGUCAAUGUUAAUGAUUUUCAGCAAGGAGUAGAUUUGGAAAUAUGUAAAGGUGAAGGAAGUACCUGCAAGUUCGCCGAGUUCCCUCCUCAAAGCUAUACAACAGAGUGUAAGCAAAAGUACUCUAGGCGACUGUUAAUGACCUUCAACGAGGGCAAGAAUGACACUAUCUUUGACACCUUCGAGUUCCCGUCGUGUUGUGUGUGUCAUAUCCGACGAAAAACAUAGCCGUCGAUGGACAGAUAAAUGAGAAUCAUUGAAAAUUAUAGGUCUUUAGCGAUUUUGGCGGGUCUCUGAGAACUAUCAGUAUCACUCUCAUAUAUUCAUCUCCCUCACACAUACACAUGCAGUCCACCGUUGUCUUAAGGUGUAUAUGUUGACAGACUUACGUCUUCUAAUUUUGUCGAACCGCCUCGAUAAUUUUCUCGUAGCUUAUGAAAUUCUACCGCCACUGUCAGUGCUACAACCUUCUUGUCAUGUGAUGCGAGUUGAGUUUACCUCUGAUGUAGAAUAUAUCAAUAGCUGUAAGUUCAAUUGGUGGACAAUAUAAAGGGUUUGUGCUUUUAGGUUUGUUCCAACAAGCAGUUCCGAACUAGUUCAUUCUACACUAUUUUUUCCGCGAUGCCCCAGAUAAAUACAGUUAAGAACUAGUUUCAAAAUAUUCUGUUGGAACACGUAAUUAUGGGUUGUUGUCGUAAAAAUAAUCUUGAUUGCAAUAAGAUUUAAAAUUGUCAAGAUUCCGUGUGAGACAUCUGGAAUUCGAGAGAAUUCACUGUCUUUUGAUGUACUGAAGGUACAUCUUUUAGAUAAAAAUUGUAAAACGAGAUGUCAGAUUUAAUAAGGGAUGAGUAGUUUGAACAAAUAUUUUAAAGAACUCGUAAGAAAUCUUGUUUUUGGAGGAUUUCAUAAUUUUGACUUCAGAGGAAACAAGCUCUGCUCAGUAGCAGAUGAGGAAAUUAAUUAACUUCAAAGAAAUUUAUGACAACUUUCAGCAUUUGCCCAUGUAAUUCUUAUUUUUGCUUCUUAGAGCUCAUAUAUUCAGCGAAAGAUCGUCAUCUUCACUUGAAUCUGUGGUCUUCAUCGUAGCCCGGCUUUUCAAUAUCUGCUGUUAUGAAGGGCACAAUAAGCGAUUUAAAUUUAGCUUUAAUAUAUGAGAAAAUUUAAAACAUACAAAAGGCACAAAGUGGUAGCCACAAAGACCAGCUUUUCAGGUAUGAACACCUGAUCGACGGCAUUUAUUCUAUAAGCGCGCAGGUACGAUCGUCUUGUUCUCUCUCAGAAAAAAAAUCACGUAGAACCAGUUCAUAACGGUUCGGAAUCAGCAAGAAAUUUGUUAGGACAGAGAACUGCCAGUUAUGGAAUUAGUUCCAUUUUCUGUUGAAACAGUAAUUUCAGUGCAUGACCUGUUCAGUUCAGAAGUAGUUCGGUAGUUUGCUGGAACAAGCUUUUAUUGGAGUACCUGUCUAAAGAAAGCAAAUUAAAUGAACGAGCGAGUGGCAGCUGCGUUUGAAGAUCGUACCUGCUGAAAACGUUGGAAAGACGCUAAAAACGUUACUCGCACGCAGAGGUUAAUAUUUUAGAAGCAUCCACUGAAGACAGAGAGUAAAUAGUUUAUGGCCACGAGAAGCCUAACAGUCAGCUCAAUUCAAAAUUAGAACCAACAAAAUAUUCCUAGCUUCUUUACGGUAGUUGUCUUUCACAUUUAUCAUUUGGAAACUGCAAUUGCUCUAGGAUAAGUACACAAAUAUACCUAGUUUUAUCUAAACUCUAAGGGUUCUAGCCGUUAAAAGAUUUCUCUCAUCCUAAAAACCUGCUUAACUCACUUACUUCAUGAUGUUCUGCUUCUCUACCUCCUUGGAUAUGAAUAUUGUUUAAGACAGAAUCAAUCGAUACCUUAUUUUUUAAUGUCCUCACACUCACAGGAUUUGUGAAUUUACGAAUCUUUGCGUUUCGUCUAAGGAAGAAUUCUCGGUUGUCGGAUCUCUACGACAUUUUUUGUAUAUAUUUUGUAAUUCAACACGUGAUGUAGCAUUUUGUGUGAUAAGCAUGCGCUAAUUAAUGUUAUUAGUGACAUGUAAUACAAAUAAAAUAUAUUCUGAUCUCCACAAA